UUGCUUGCCUUCAUAUAUAAACAUAUCUGCGAGAAAACGAACUUAAAAAUGACCCGACAUGCUCGCAACUGCACGGCCGGAGCCGUUUAUACUUACAAUGAAAAGAAACGCGACGCCGCCGAGUCGGGUUACGGAACAAAUGCCCAACGCCUGGGCAAAGACUCUGUGAAGUCGUUCGACUGCUGUUCGCUGACGCUUCAGCCGUGCCGAAACCCUGUCAUUACCAAGCAGGGGUACCUGUUCGACAAGGAGGCGAUCCUGCAGUACAUCGUCACCAAGAAGAAUGAGUACAACCGUAAGCUGAAAGAGUUCGAGCGCCUGCGACGGGUCGAAGAGGAGGAGAUCACCCAGGAGGCCAAUUGCAAGCAGCAAGCCCGCAUGGAACGGUUCGUGAAUUCCGAGAAGCCCACCACAACACCUGCCCACAAGUCCAGCCCAGUCGAGCAGCCCAUCCUACCAGCGCCCAGCACUUCGGCAGCAGCCAUAGCAGCCUCAGAGAAUGGAUCCAUUUCGAACAUGGCCAACGGGAACCAGAAGAAGCUGCCCGCCUUCUGGCUGCCCUCAGAAUGCCCCAAUGCCGGGGCAGCCAAGGCCAAGAAGCCUGAUGCCACUAUAUACUGCCCUGUCUCCUCACAGCCGCUUAAGGUGAAGGACCUGAUUGACGUGAAGUUCACACCGAUCAAGGAUGGCGACACAAAAAAGUCGCUGAUUGCCAAGGAGGUGCGCUACAUGUGUCCCAUUACCCACGAUGCGCUUAGCAACGCAGUGCCCUGCGCCGUCCUGCGACCAACCGGCGAUGUCGUGACAUUGGAGUGCGUGGAUAAACUGAUCCGGAAGGACAUGGUUCACCCGCUCACCGAUCGCAAGCUCAAGGAAAAAGACAUUAUUCCCCUGCAGCGCGGCGGCACUGGCUACGCAACCACCAACGACAAGCUGUCGGCCAAGGAGCAGCGACCCAUGUUACAGGUCUAAGGUCUUGUCUACUCAAGAUUCAAUUGAUAAAAUGUAUGUUUAAAAAUUAAGCCUAAAUUACUUUAAAUUAUCAUUUUCUAAAGUCGUUGCCUCAAUAUUACAUUUUACUCAAUUAUGUAUCAUAUAUGUAGUUUAUGGAUUCUGCGGUGAUACCUUCUAAUACGUUAAUCUUCAAGGAUAUAGCAGUCGGAGUAGUCCCCUAUAUUUGCAUAAUUUCCCCAAAUUUGUAGACCUUUAAUGAAAGAUCUACAUUUAAUUAUUUCAUUCAUUAAAAUCAUUGAAUAGGAUUUGAAUAUCAAUUUAUAUUAAAUUGG